AUGUUGGACGGAGAUGGAAAACGUUCAAUACAUACAAAUGUAACAACUUUACCCGCUAUUGAAACUAUACAAAGGAAUGUUCGCCGAGCUCCCACAAUGUAUACAAGAAAACCUCGUGAUAUACCAUUUCAUCUGCCACAUAGAAAGUUAUUGGAUAAAAUAGAAUAUGUAAAGAAAGAACCACAACCCUUGACUGGUUUUGCUGAAGCCCAAGAAGAAAGAUUUAAGAGGGAAAGGAAACAAACCACUUUACAAUUGGAACCUAUCAACUUGGAUGACGCUAUCAGUAAAAGAAAGAAAUCGCUUAAAAUAAAGGAAGCAGACGUUCAGGUAGAUCAGGAGACAGGCAAGACCAAAGACCCUCUAAAGGUAAAACCUGUAGUCAGGUCCCAAAAGGAAGUAAUCGACUAUGUAAGAAGUAACCCGGAAUGUGGGUUCCUAUACAUGAUAUACGCAGUUCACCCUGAAAAUGUGUAUUUUACACCCUACUACCUAAACGUCGUCCCUUAUGAAGAGAUUGACAAAAAGAACUAUCUGACGAUCAGUCCUUGCGGAGUAACGCAUUUCACCAACGAAUUGCAGUUCACAGCUCUUCCUGCGUGGGAACAGGAGUACACUAUAUUCGUUCAACUUACAGACAUAAAGUUUUUUCGUGUUUACCGGUAUUGGAAAGCCUUUUAUGUCUGGAGGAAAUCGAUAUUGUUCAGAAAAUAUAAUAAGACACGAAACCAACUGGCCAAGGAAUUAUUUACUUUAACACCGGUGCUCGGUAAAGCUCUUCUCAACAUUCAGGCCAUGUGCUGUGAUAUGUACAUGAAAAGUUUCGCAGAUAUAUCUCGCGACAUGGACACUGCUUUUUUCUACUUCAUGGAAGUGGAGAUGCAAAGACUCGAGUAUAUAAGAGGGAAGCUAAUAGAAUUCAGAACAGUUGUAUUGGACGUUUUAACCCAGGCAUGUCAUGCUGCUCUCUACUUGCAAGGCUUCGUAUAUGACGAUAGGAAUAUACCUCCGUUCCAAAUUAUCAGAGGCAAACCCACAGGCGGCAUGUCGUACACGGAAAAAGCGAACAAAAGGAAAUAUUGUGAACGACUCGCUUGUUUUAUAAUGUUAGCUGACUAUAUGACUAACUACAUGCUGUAUCGUCUAACUAAGAGAUCUAAUCACAUGAUGGCAAGUAUGCUGCGAAUCCAUGUUGAGUUUACUCCCAGUGAAGACCGGUUAAUGGGUGGCGAGGUGGAUGAAGUCCUCGAAGUUAUACCAAGAGUAACCAAUACAUGUAAGUGGGCGUUGUUUCAAGCGGACGCUUAUAUUUUGCCAAACGGAGAGUUUGAGCUCAAUCCAAGUGAGGAAAUUGUAUUCAAGCAUCUUGAGAAAAUCACUAACUGGUGGGAUGAAUGUGUUCGAACUUUUCACAAUUAUUUGAAUGAGGAAACCUUGCAAAUAUUUGUCCAGCCCACAAUAAUGGGCAAGCAAGUAGAAUGGUCAGCAGGAGUUGCGCCAAAUUUGUAUUUCUUAAUGAACCAAGACAAGGAGAUGUUGGCUGAUAUUGCUUUUAUCCCGAAUUCCAUUCGAUCUGCUUACGCCAAAGUUGGAAAAUUCCUUCAACGAAUGCUACCUUUUAUGAACAACUUCAAGGAGGCAAUUGAAAUGGAUACAGAUAUAAUAAGGAAUGAACGAGAUCUCGAAGCAUUUAGAAAACUUGCCGACAGGCUUAAUAAACAGAUGGAGCUCAUAGAAGAUGUCGUCAGUUACCAACCCCUGGGGUUGAUAUUCUUAUGCUUGUCUCCAUUCCAAGAGCAAUUUAGGCCUCAACCACGAAGACUUUUCGAUGUGAUCAGUGUUACAACUCCAGACAUUGGUCGUGCGGCUAUUGACGAAAUAUUAGCUGGAACCGACAGUAUUAAUGAUGACAUCUCGAAAGAGCCCGAGACUGCAGCUGAGCUGGUUGAAUUCAACUUCAUGCUUGACACCUUGGAAGGCAGGUUGGCGUAUCUAGAAGAGCGCCUGGAGUACCUCCGUGAGUUGUACGACCUCAUGGGAGAGUUCAACAUCCCGAUCCCAGCUGACGAUAUGACUGAAUAUCUAGGGUUAAGUGCGACGCUCGUAACAUUGCGACAAAACGUGGACCUCAAAGUAGAAGCCCGAAGCAAAUUAGCGGGCAUGUUCGCCAGCCAGAUCGGGAAGGAUAUAAUGGAACUCAUGCUGGAUGUGAACAAACUUAGAGAUGAAGUCGCGCAACCGUGGUUAUAUGACAUAAAUUCUGACAUGGAAAAAGUAAUAGAAGUACUCGAUGACCUCACCGAAAAACUAGCUGCCUGCACUGCAAGAGACAAACAAAUACGAGAAUGGCAGAAAAUUUUCAAGAUUCCGCCAGCAAGAAUGGAGCAACUCGAUGAGGCUAUAAACGAUGUCAAGCUCAGACAGUUAUUAUGGAAAGCCUCUAAGGAAUGGAACGAAUGUUUCACACAAUUGUAUGAACAGCCGUUUAACACGAUCAACAUCGACGAUGUGCAAAAUACAACAAUCAACUAUGGAAAAAUUUUCAAUCAGCUGGAUAAAGGCUUACCUCCUAAUAAAAUUCUGCCGACUUGUAAAGCAAGAAUAGAUAUAGUAAAAGAAAAGCUGCCAGUGAUGACUUACCUCCGCAACCCUGCGCUUAAACCACGCCAUUGGGUUAAAAUUGAAGAUAUAUUAAAAAUUCGCAUCACUCCAGAUAUUGUCAUUACGUUAAGUAAACUAGAAGAAUGGAAAGCAUUUCAGUACCCCGAUGAACUGAUGGAGGUGGCUGGCCAGGCUAGCUCGGAGGCCGGGCUCGAAGCUUUACUUAAGAAGGUGGAGGACAUAUGGCAAUGCCUGGAACUGCCUGUGCUGCUCCACAAGGAUGCACGCGACGUAUUCGUCCUCGGUGGCUUAGAGGAAAUACAAGCUGCUGUGGACGAGAGUAACAUCCACAUCAGUACUAUCCUGAGUUCAAGGAAUUGUGGUCCUAUAAAAAGUAGAGUCGAAGAAUGGGCCAAGAAUUUGGAAUUAUUCGCGAGAACAUUGGAAGAAUGGUUUGCAUGCCAGCAAACAUGGAUUUAUUUGGAGGUUAUCUUCUCCGCCCCCGAUAUCCAAAGACAACUGCCCAAUGAAACUAGACUGUUCACUAUUGUCGACAAAUCCUGGAAAGAUAUUAUGCGUAAAACUGCUAAGGUCCCAUUGGCUAUGCCAGCUGCCACCCAACCAAAACUCUGCGAAGAGUUUGUGCGAAACAAUGAAAUGCUUGACCAGAUCAUGAAGUGCCUGGAGGCGUAUUUGGAAACCAAACGUGUUGCGUUCCCAAGAUUUUUCUUCUUGUCCAACGAUGAGUUGUUGGAAAUUUUGGCACAGACACGUAAUCCACACGCAGUGCAGCCACACUUGCGCAAAUGCUUUGACGCGAUGGCUAAGCUCGAGUUCCUAGUGAAACUCCCAGAGAGCGAGAUGGAAAUAACAGAAGACGGUACUCUUGUGGAGAGGGAGAUGUCUUUCCAAACUCGAGACAUGUUGCAAGCGAAACUCGCAAAGACAGCCAAACCAGAAGACCUCACCACGGACAUCAUUGCGAUGCUGUCACCAGAAGGAGAGAGGGUUAACUUGGGCAAGGGCCUAAAGGCGCGAGGAAACGUCGAAGACUGGCUGGGUAAAGUCGAGGAAGCCAUGUUCGCCUCCGUGAAACGAGCAAUGAAGUUCGCCCUGAAAGAUUUCCAGUUGCGCCCUCGCACUGAGUGGGUGGAGUUACAUCCCAAUCAAGUGGUACUAACAGUAUCUCAGAUAAUGUGGGCCCAAGGUGUCCACGCCCUAUUCGAUCUGGAUAUCCCGCUGCGCAUAGACACCGCGCUACUCGCAUACGAGAAGAAAUGCAUAGCGGACUUAAACGAUUUGGCGGCUAUCACUCGCAAAGAUAUCUCAUCGUUGUUUAGAAAAGUACUCUGUGCACUCAUCACUGUUGAUGUCCACGCUAGGGACACAAUAUCGCAUAUGGUGGAAAAACAUGUACAGAAAGCGACCGACUUCGAAUGGCUUAAAAUGAUUCGUUACUAUUGGGAAGAGGAUAUAGACAACUGUGUGGCUCGCAUGUCGAGCGCUAUGUAUAUCUACGGGCACGAAUAUUUGGGCGCUGGGGGUGUAUUGGUGAUAACGCCUCUGACAGACCGCUGUUACUUGUGCCUCAUGGGUGCUCUGCAGUUGGACUUGGGCGGCGCCCCCGCCGGCCCGGCCGGUACCGGAAAGACGGAGACCACGAAGGAUUUAGCCAAGGCUCUCGCUAUUCAGUGUGUCGUGUUCAAUUGUUCUGAAGGACUUGAUUACAAAAUGAUGGGCCGUUUCUUCUCCGGGUUAGCAACAUCGGGCGCGUGGUGUUGCUUCGACGAGUUUAAUCGAAUUGAUAUCGAGGUGCUCUCAGUUAUUGCUCAACAACUCAUCACUAUCAGGAAUGCGAAGGUGGCAAAGCAAAGCCGGUUUAUGUUCGAAGGACGGGAAAUCAAACUGGUCCGGACCUGCGCGGCUUUCAUCACCAUGAACCCGGGCUACGCGGGCAGGACUGAGCUGCCUGACAACCUGAAGGCUCUCUUCCGGCCCAUAUCGAUGAUGGUGCCCGAUUACGCCCUUAUAGCAGAGGUGAUCUUGUAUUCUGAGGGUUUUGAAUCAUCGAAAAGUUUAUCGAAAAAAAUGGUACAAAUGUACAAGCUGUCCAGUGAACAGCUUUCUAAGCAAGACCACUAUGAUUUCGGGAUGCGGGCAGUCAAGAGUGUCUUGGUGAUGGCCGGUGCUCUGAAGCGAGCCAGCCCCGACCAGCCCGAGGAAAUGACCUUACUAUGUGCUCUGAACGACAGCAAUCUGCCAAAGUUUCUAGCAGCCGACGCUAUUUUAUUUGCUGGCAUUUUGUCGGAUCUGUUCCCUGGAGUCGAUUUGCCAAUUCGAGAUUACGGAGUUAUGCAGGAGUGUAUCAUAAAAUGCCUACUGGCGAAGAAGUUACAAGUAGAAGCGUGUCAGAUUCGAAAAGUAAUCCAGUUGCACGAGACGAUGAUUGUAAGAUGGGGUGUUAUGUUAGUCGGUCCGACGGGCGGAGGAAAGACCGUGGUUUUACACAUACUGGCCGAUACAUACGAAGGUUUGCAUGAAGCGGGUGUGAAAGGCCCACAAAACCAGCUUGUGCACAAAUACAUUAUGAACCCUAAGAGCUUGACUAUCGGCGAGUUGUACGGUGAAGUUAAUCUACAAACCCUCGAGUGGCACGAUGGGAUACUGCCGCUUAGCUUGAGAACUGCCGUGCAAUGCGUGGAAAUGGAUCAUCAAUGGUUGAUCUGCGACGGGCCAGUCGACGCCGUCUGGAUUGAAAAUAUGAACACCGUACUAGACGAUAACAAAAUGCUGUGCUUGUCCAACUCCGAAAGAAUCAAACUAACUCCAUACGUACAUAUGGUAUUCGAGGUGGCGGAUCUGGCUCAAGCUUCGCCAGCCACUGUCUCGCGCUGUGGCAUGGUUUACAUAGACCCACACGAGAUGGGAUACCUGCCAUACGUGCGCUCGUGGCUUGAAGAAGGCGUAGAAAAUAAUCUCUUUAACCAAGAGAACUCCGACUUUCUAUACGAACUGUUCAAAAUGCUAGAUGUAGGAGUUCUCCACGUGAACACUAAAUGCUCUGUUGGAAUAAAACAGGUUGAUAUAAGCAAGGUGUCUGCACUUUGCUACCUCAUGGGAGCUUUACUGAGUGAGCCCGGAGAGCGAUUUGCAGACAAGGCGGCUAUCAAAACCUACAUAGCCUAUUGUUUCAUUUUCUGCUACAUUUGGUGCAUUGGAGGGAAUAUCUUGGAAGGAAAUCGCAAAGGAUUUGAAGAGGUGGUCAAACGACAGUUCGAAGAGUUCGCGGAGGCCGAAUAUUUUCCGCAAGGCUUUAACUUUUUUGACAUGUACAUGGACACAAAGCAACGUAAACUAAAAGUGUGGGCCGAAAUCAUACCAGUGUUUGUGUAUGAUAGCGACAAACCAUUUUUUGAAACGUUGGUGCCUACCGUUGACACUGUGAGAUAUGGUUAUUUGAGCGAGAAGCUUCUUGGAGCUGGUAAACCUGUCAUGUUUACUGGUGGAACAGGCGUGGGCAAAACUGUAAUUGCCGCGGAGACCCUCAAUAAGAUGGCAACUUCUGGGAUCUUCAUACCCGUAAUGAUGAGUUUCUCAGCACAAACCAGCAGUACGCGGACACAGGAAGUGAUUGAGCUGCGAUUGGACAAGCGGCCUCGUAAAGCAAUUGGAGCGCCACUGGGCAAGAAAGUUAUAAUAUUCAUCGACGACGUCAACAUGCCUAAGUUAGACGUAUAUGGCGCGCAACCUACCAUCGAACUAUUAAGGCAAUUUCUUGACUUCGGUGGUGUAUACGACCGCGACAAGCUGUACUGGAAGGAGAUCCUGGACGUGGUGCUGGCGUGCGCGUGCGCGCCGCCCGGCGGCGGCCGCAACCCGCUCACGGCUCGCUUCACGCGCCACUUCGCCAUGUUUUACAUAUCGGCGCCCAACUCGGAUGCUAUGAAGACUAUAUUUAAGGCUAUUCUAUGUGGGCACAUGGAGGACUUCGUAUCGGAAGUCUCCUGUUUAGGUGAACCUAUAGUAAACGCGUCAGUGGAAGUAUAUCAGAAGAUUUGUGCGGAGCUGUUACCCACGCCAGCAAAAUCGCAUUAUGUAUUCAAUCUUCGUGAUUUGUCCAAGACCAUGCAGGGAUGCUUGCAAGCAGAUGCUGGCUAUAUGCGAAUGCCACAGGGAAUGCUAAGAUUAUUUUACCACGAAUGUCUCCGAGUUUUUCAUGACCGCCUUAUCAAUAUCCAAGACAAGAGUUAUUUCUUCCAUUUGAUGAGCAAAGUCUGCCAAAAGAACUUUCAACAGCCCAUAUUAGAUGUACCAGAAGAUGAAAUCAUUGAACACCCACCUAUGCUCCUUUUUGGCGACUUCCUCAACUCUGCGGUGCCUAAAGAAAAUAGGAUGUACCAGGAGAUACCAGAUAUGCAAAAACUUAUGAUAGUUCUGAAUGAAUACUUAGAAGAAUAUAACUCGACUGCGCGGACCGAGAUGCACUUGGUUUUGUUCACUGACGCCGUGGAGCAUAUAGUCAGAAUUGCGCGUGUGCUGCGAGCGGAGAGAGGGCACUGCCUCAUGGUGGGGCCGGGCGGCUCGGGCCGUCGCAGCGUCGCUACCCUUGCUGGCCACGUCAACGAGUGCAAAUGCAUGGGCAUGGAGCUGAAGCGUAACUACGAUACUCCGGAGUUCCACGACGACCUCAGGCUCAUGUACAUGCGCGCGGGCGUCGCCAACGAAGACACGGUGUUUCUCUUCACCGACACGCAAAUUACGAAAGAGGGCUUCUUCGAGGAUAUUAAUAACAUGCUCAACUCCGGUGAGGUGCCUAACCUAUUCGAAGGCGAUACAUACGAGCAAGUUCAGACGGGGUGCCGGCCCGACGCGGCGAAAGCCGGACUGAACCCCGCAGACCGCGACGCCGUAUACACCUUCUUCAUCAACCGAGUGCGCGGCAAACUGCACCUGGUCAUCUGUAUGAGUCCUGUCGGCGAGGCAUUCAGACGACGUUGCCGCAUGUUCCCGUCAUUGGUGAACUGCUGCACGAUCGACUGGUUCACCAAAUGGCCGCCCGAAGCGCUGCUGUCUGUCGCGGAACUGUGCCUCGCGCCCGCGGCCAACAAAGAGACCAUCGCCAAACUGUCUAAACUUUGUGUCAUCAUGCAUCAGGAUGUAGACGUUAUGACAGACAGAUUAUACAAUGAGAUGCGACGUUAUUUCUACACGACGCCAAGCAGUUACCUAGCUUUGCUGCAGCUGUACCUUGGACUACUAGACAAAAAACAACAGGAAAUAAUAAGGGGAAGAGACAGGAUAUCUUGCGGUUUGCAAAAACUGUACGAAACGUACGAAGUAGUAGGGGUAAUGGAACAGCAGGUCCGCGAUAUGGAACCGGUGCUGGCCAAGAAGGCGGCGGAGGGCAUCGCGCUCGUGAACAAACUGAAGGUGGAGCAGCAGGCCGCCGACGAAGUCAAACAAGCUGUCAUGAAGGACGAGGCGGAGGCAAAGAUCAAAGCCGAAGAGGUAAAAGCCAUAGCGGACGAGGCAAAGGCUGACCUAGCACUAGCCAUGCCGGCAAUGGAAGCGGCGCAGACCGCUCUAAAGGCCCUCAACAAGGCGGACAUUAAUGAAUUGAAAGCUUUCCAGAAACCGCCUGCCCUUGUGCGAUUUGUGAUGGAGCCGAUAUGCAUUUUGUUUAACGCCAAGCCAGACUGGGAUAGCACAAAGAAGUUAUUAGCAGACGUAAACUUCAUUGGAAAACUGGAGGACUACGACAAGGACCACAUACCAGACGCUACGCUCAAAAAGAUUAAGGCAUACCUCACCCACAAGGAUUUUAAUCCCGAUACUGUGGUUAAGGUUUCGAAAGUGUGUCGUUCUAUGGUUUUGUGGGUGCAAGCUAUUGAUAUGUAUGCUAAAGUCUUCAGAAUUGUCGAGCCAAAAAUAAUCAAACAUAAGGAGGCAGCCGCAACACUAAAAGGUGUAAUGGCAGUUUUAAGAGCUAAGCAGAAAGAAGUGGAGGCAAUCGAAGCGCAACUCGCUAAAAUGUUGGACGAACUGAGGGUGGUCGAGGAAGAGCGUAUAAAGCUGCAGGCGGACGUGGACCUGGCCGCCGCCCGGCUGUCGCGCGCCGGCAAGCUGACCCAGGCGCUGGCCGACGAACAAACCCGAUGGGAGGACAGCGUUAAGUCAGCGACUGAACAACUGUACUGUACAACCGGGGACAUCAUCAUAGCAUCCGGUUGCAUUGCGUAUUUUGGCGCGUUUCCAACCAGUUACCGCCGAGAGCUCGAAGCUAAGUGGGUUUCACAGUGUAAGGAGCUUGGGAUACCGGCUUCUGACACUUUUGAUUUGAUCACUGUAAUGGCGAACUCGUACACGAUCCGCACGUGGAACUCGCAGGGACUGCCGCGCGACGCCAUUUCCACCGAGAACGGCAUCCUCAUGACGCGCGCGGGUCGCUGGCCCCUCACCAUCGACCCACAGGAACAGGCAAAUAGGUGGAUUAAGAACAUGGAACGUGAUAAUGGUCUACAAAUAAUGAAACUGAACGACCCAGCGUACCUCCGAAUUAUGGAGAACUGCAUCCGCCUGGGUUGGCCUAUGCUGAUUGAGGACCUGGGCGAGACGCUCGAAGCCACGCUCACGCCCGUCUUGCUCAAACAGACCUUUUUACAGGCCGGAAGACUUCUCAUACAUUUGGGUGACAGUGACAUAGAAUACGACACCAAUUUCCGUUUGUACAUGACGACCAAACUCGCCAACCCACACUAUAUGCCCGAAAUAUGUAUUCAAGUGACGCUAGUCAACUUUACAGUUACUCUGUCUGGAUUGGAGGAUCAGCUCUUGGCUGAUGUGGUGAGACUAGAGCGGCCAGACUUAGAGUUGUUGCGCACAGAGCUAAUAGUCCGCAUCAAUACCGACAAGGGAACCCUGCUCGAGAUAGAAGACAAGAUACUGAAGCUGCUCUACGCCUCCUCAGGGAACAUUCUCGACGACGAGGAACUUAUCGAAACACUCAACGAGAGUAAGGAAACGUCGGAAAUCAUAAACGCCAGGCUGGAAGAAACCGAAGCCACUGAGAUCAGCAUUUCUGCCGCGAGAGAGAAAUAUAGACCCGUGGCGACUCGGGGUGCUGUUUUGUAUUUUGCCGUGGCACAGCUGGCCGACAUCGACCCCAUGUAUCAAUUCUCCUUGAAGUAUUUCAAUCAGGUUUUCAAUCAAGUAAUAGAAAGAAGCGAAAAAAGUGACGUGCUUGAGACGCGGCUACAAAUCCUUUACCGCGAAAUUACCUUAAACGUCUACCAAAACAUAUCUCGAGGACUGUUCGAGAGGCACAAACUCGUGUUCAGCUUCCUACUCAACACGGCCAUAUACCUUAAUGCUGGCUUGAUUCGUCAUGAUCAAUGGAACUUCAUUCUGAGAGGUGCAGCUGGUACUUCAGUGGUUCCACCAAAAAAGCCAUUAAUCGAAUCAAUGACCGAACAAAUAUGGUUACAAGCUAAUCACUUGAAUGAGAUGGACCCUAGUUUUCAAGGAAUCGUAGAAGACUGUCUUAAGAAGAUCCAUAUCAAAAUAGGAUCUUUUGAAGUGGACAUACACGUAGAUAGAAGCAAUAAGCGGCCUCCAAUCAAAAACUGGAAUGAGAUAUUGGAGCCCUUUGAAAAGCUGAUGAUAAUUAAAUGUCUCAAAGAAGAAAAACUAGUGUUCGCGAUUGCUCAAUACGUCAGCAUUAGCCUUGGAAAAGUGUUCAUAGAGAGUCCCACCGUACAACUAUCUACUCUAUAUGCAGACACAACUUGUUCGAUACCCCUCGUAUUCGUACUGAGCACAGGGUCAGAUCCAUUUGGGGCGUUCCAGAGAUUCGCCACUGAAAUGGGCGUACGAGAUCGAGUGCAUUCAAUUUCUUUGGGCCAGGGUCAGGGGCCAGUGGCUGAAAAGAUGAUUAAUGGUGCGAAACCUAAAGGCGACUGGGUUUUUCUGCAGAAUUGUCACUUGGCUGCUUCAUGGAUGUUAAGCUUGGAGCUGAUCGUGGCUAGACUAACCACCGACCCCGGUUUGCUUCACAACGAUUUCCGCCUCUUCUUGAGUUCGAUGCCGACUCCGAAGUUCCCGGUGUCGGUCCUGCAGAACUCUGUAAAGGUCACCAAUGAACCGCCGAAGGGACUAAAGGCGAAUGUGAAGAGAGCACUUAUUGAAAUGGAGGAGGACUUUUUUGAGAAUAACGUGCUCGGCCAAGACUGGCGCACGAUGUUAUUCGGCAUCUGCAUGUUCCACGCGAUCAUACAAGAGCGCAAGAAGUUCGGCCCGCUGGGCUGGAACAUCACCUACGAGUUCAACAACAGCGACCGCGAGUGCGCCAUGCUCAACCUGCAGAUGUUCUGCGAGAGCGGCUUCAUACCCUGGGCCGCGCUCGAGUACAUCACCAGUUUGAUCACAUACGGCGGCCGGGUGACGGACAUGUGGGACCAGCGCUGUCUGACCACGGUCCUGAAGAAGUUCUUCUCGCCCGUGACGCUGGAGGAGGGCUACACCUACUCCAAGUCAGGCAUCUACUACUGCCCUAGGCAAGACAAGCUGGAGGUGUACCGCGAAUACGUCGAUACACUGCCGGUCAUCGAGAGCCCCGAAGUGUUCGGGAUGCAUGAAAACGCCAAUAUCGCGUUUGAGAACAAAGAGACGACUACACUAAUAAACACGAUAGUGGAAGUCCAGCCGCGCAUGGGCGGCGGCGGCGGCGGCGACACGCCCGACCAGAUCGUGUGGCGCAUCUGCGACAGCACGCGCGCCACGGUCGCGCGCAGCAUCGACAAGAGCGCCAUCAACCCCGCGCUCAUGGAGCUGGACGACAUGGGCCAGCUGCACUCGCUCACCACCGUGCUCAUUCACGAGACCGACCGUUUCAACACCCUGCUCGGCCUCAUACACUCCUCGCUCACCGAGCUGCAGAAAGCUAUAAAGGGCAUCGUAGUAAUGUCUGAAGACUUCGAAGAAGUGUUUACGUCUUUCAUGAACAACAAGGUGCCUGCGAUGUGGCACAAGAAGGGGUACAACUCGCUCAAAUCGCUCGGCAGUUGGAUACAUGACCUCGUACUUAGGGUCGACUUCAUCGAGAAAUGGCUGGUGGACGGGAGUCAGCGCAGCAGCUGGGUGUCGGGGCUGUUCUUCCCGCAGGGGCUGCUCACCGGCUCGCUGCAGUCGUACGCGCGCCGCUACCGUGUGCCCAUCGACGCGCUCAUGUUCGACUUCGCGCCCUAUCGCACCUUCCUCUCGCAGGAGGACGUUUACAAGGAGAACAAGAAGAAAAACAAGGAUCCCGACGAGGACGUGUACGGCGUUCUAGAGGUCCCGACGGACGGCGUCAACAUACACGGGUUGUUCAUCGACGCAGCGCGCUGGGACGUCGAGCACAACUGCUUGGUCGAUGCGCUGCCAGGUCAAAUGAAUCCUCCUCUACCCGCGGUUUGGUUUUAUCCGGUUCUGCAGCUGCCCAAACCGGAUCCACGCUACGAGGCGCCCCUCUACAAGACGUCGGAGCGCGCGGGCACUCUCUCCACCACCGGCCAUAGCACCAACUUUGUGCUGCCGGUGCUGCUGGGAGCUAACGCUCCUUCAGACUAUUGGAUCAUUCGCGGCACUGCUCUGCUUACCCAGAUAACUGAUUAAAGAACGA